AUGGGGAUGAGACCUGGGUGGCUGGGCGGGCUGGUGGAGGAGAGCUUCUUCGUGGCGUGCGAGGCGCACGAGAGCAGGAAGAAGAACGAGAAGAACAUCUUCUGCCUCGCCUGCUGCACCAGCAUCUGCCCGCACUGCGCCAACGCCGCGCACCGACACCACCCGCUGCUCCAGGUACGGAGGUACGUCUACAACGACGUGGUGCGCCUGGGCGACCUUGACAAGCUCAUCGACUGCUCCUUCGUUCAGCCCUACACGAUCAACAGCGCCAAGGUGAUCUUCCUCAAGCCGCGGCCGCAGUCCAGGCCCUUCAAGGGCUCCGGCAACAUCUGCCUCACCUGCGACAGGAUCCUCCAGGAGCCAUUCCACUUCUGCUGCCUCUCCUGCAAGGUGGAUCACGUGAUGAUGCAGGGCGGCGACCUGUCCAACAUCCUCUACAUGUCCGGCGAACCCGACCUGGCCUGCUUCCCGCGCUUCGAGAACCUCCACGUCGGCAGCUCCUCCGCGGACCUCCUCGACUACGACGCCGCACAGGUCACCCCAAACUCCAUCCUCGAGGACCCCACGCGUCACUAUCACGAGAGCAGCGGCGUCAGUGGCGGCUCCAGCAACGGCGGCCGCCAUGCUCAGCGCGCUAGCGUGGGAACCGACCAAGCAGCCGGUGCUGCCAGCGACGUCCCGAGGAAGAAGAAGUCCGGCGGGUUCUUCCCGCAGAUCGUGCUCUCCCUCAACAACAGGAGGAAGGGCGCGCCCCAUCGAUCACCGUUCGCCUGA